AUGACUACUCCAUUCAUCCUAGUAGCCUUUGGUUAUGGUGCUCUAGCCGUCCUCCUACUCAAACUACUCAACUUCCUUUACUCCGUCUUCUACGUCUACAGUCUAGCCGUUCCGAAGAAUCUGAAAAAGAUGGCCGGAGCUGAAUGGGCUCUCGUCACCGGCUCAACCGACGGAAUUGGCAAAGGCUACGCCCUCGAACUAGCGAGACGUGGCUUCAAAACCAUUCUUGUAGCCAGAAACCCACAAAAGCUAGCUGCUGUCGCCGACGAAAUCCAAACCGAAACUGGAGCCGAGGUCAAGACUGUCUCUUUCGACUUCACCGCCACCUCCUUGGCCGACUAUGAAGCCAACUUGUUCGGCCCAAUCCAAGGCCUACCGAUCGGAGUGCUGGUGAAUAACGUUGGCUUGUCACAUCACUUCCCCGACGAAUUCACGGAAAUGCACGGUGACGCUGAGAGACACAGAGACGUGCUGAAUGUGAACACUCUGCCAGUUACUAUGCUCUGUCAUCGUAUCUUGAAGCAGAUGAAAGCCAGACGAUCGGGAGUUGUGGUCAACUUGAGCUCGUCGAUCUGCUAUGCUAAUGCUGCCUACUGGGGUGUGUACUCGGCUUCUAAGGUGAGAUUUGGCUUUGAUAUGAUUGUUGUGGGUUUGAUUUUGGUUUGAGUGUACUACAAUAUGGUUGGAGGGCCAUUCUAGCGGCCAGUUGGGCAAAAAUAGCUACUUUUUAACUAAUAAACGUCAUUUUCUCAUUGUUACGCAAGAAAUAGCUAAAACACUCCCUAAAAACAAAUCAAAUUACCCUAGCCUUCUUUCAGAGAUACGUAGUACAACUGACAACAAUCCUGCGCAAAGAGUACGCCAAGUACGGUAUUACCGUACAAUGCGUAUCGCCCAUGAUGGUAUCGACCAACAUGAGCAAGGUCCGAAAGCCUACCUACUUCUGUCCUAGCGCAAAUGACUAUGCCAAGCAAGCGGUCGACUCGAUUGGUCAUAUUGGUGAAACGACUGGGUAUCAAGCUCACGAACUUCAGGCUUAUGGUCUGUUCAAACUGAUGCCUGAGUUCGCUUUCGACUUGUACUGGGACAACUUGUCGCUGACUGUCAGAGGUUUCGCGAGGAGAAAGUUGGCCAAGGCUCAGUAG